CGCCUCAUUGGCUGAAGGCCGGCCGCCUCUGCGCCUGCGCCAUCGGCCUCUUUGCCGCCCUCCCCCCCGCGCGCGCGACCCUUCGCUCUCUCGCCUUGCCUCAAAUCCCGCGAGAGGUGCCACUAGCGGCGGGCUGGGCCAACAUGGCGGAAGAAGAGGUGGCCAAGCUGGAGAAGCACCUGAUGCUUCUCCGCCAGGAAUACGUCAAGCUGCAGAAGAAGCUGACGGAGAUGGAGAGGCGCUGCACCCUGCUGGCUGCCCAGUCCAGCAAGGAGAAUGGCAGCGACUCCUUCAUCAGCCGGCUGCUGGCCAUCGUGGCCAAUCUCUACGAGCAGGAGCAGUACAGCGACCUGAAGAUAAAGGUUGGAGACAGGUGCAUCAACGUGCACAAAUUCGUAUUGGCGGCUCGCAGCGAGACUUGGAGCCUGGCCAACCUGGCAUCGAUGGAGGAGCUGGAUCUGUCAGAUGCCGACCCCGAGGUGACCGUGGCGAUGCUGCGCUGGGUGUACACGGACGAGCUGGAGCUGCCAGAAGAUGACGUCUUCCUGACGCAGUUGAUGAAAUUGGCCAACAGGUUUCAGCUGCAGCUCCUCCGGGAAAGGUGUGAAAAAGGAGUCAUGUCUCUGGUGAACGUCAGGAACUGCAUCCGCUUCUAUCAGACGGCCGAGGAGCUGGACGCCGGCACCCUGAUGAAUUACUGUGCGGAAAUCAUUGCCAGCCACUGGGACGACCUGAGGAAAGAGGACUUCAGCAGUAUGAGUGCGCAGCUCUUGUACAAAAUGAUCAAGUCCAAGACAGAGUUCCCUUUGCACAAGGCGAUCAAAGUGGAAAGAGAAGACGUCGUUUUCCUGUAUCUCAUCGAGAUGGAUGCUCAGCUGCCCAGGAAGCUGAACGAACUGGACCACAAUGGCGACCUGGCCGUAGACCUGGCGCUGUCCCGGCGGCUGGAAAGCAUCGCCACCACCCUGGUGAAUCACAAAGCCGACCUGGAUAUGGUGGACAAGAAGGGCUGGAGUCUGCUGCAUAAAGCCAUUCAAAGAGGAGAUAGGUUUGCUGCCAACUUCCUCGUGAAAAACGGUGCCCGGGUGAAUGCGGCAACCCUGGGGGAGCAGGAGACACCUCUCCACCUCGUGGCGUCCUACAGCCCCAAGAGGCACACGCCGGACAUCAUGGCGGAGAUGGCCCAGAUUGCCGAGUCUCUCUUAAAGGCCGGAGCCAAUCCGAACAUGCAGGACAGCAAAGGAAGGACUCCACUGCACGCCUCCAUUCUCAUGAGGAAUGACCAAGUAUUCAGCCAGCUCCUCCAGUGCAAACAACUCGAUUUGGAACUCAAGGACCACGAGGGAAGCACGGCCCUGUGGCUUGCCGUGCAGUACAUCACCAUGUCUUCUGACUCUUCCGUCAACCCCUUCGAAGACGUCCCGGUGGAGAACGGCACCUCGUUCGACGAGAACAGCUUCGCAGCCCGGCUGAUCCAGCGCGGGAGCAACACGGAUGCUGCAGAUACUGUGACAGGGAACUGCUUGCUGCAGAGGGCGGCUGGGGCGGGAAGCGAGGUGGCUGCCCUCUUCCUGGUGACCCACGGAGCCCAAGUGAACCACAGGAAUAAACGGGGGGAGACGCCGCUGCACACGGCCUGCCGGCACGGCCUUGCCAGCCUCACGACGGAGCUGCUGCAGCAAGGAGCCAACCCCAACGUCCAGACGGAGAAGGGGGAGCCCACCUCGAAGGGGGCGAUGGCAGCGGAGCAGGUCAGCUUGCAGACCCCCCUCCACAUGGCCAUCGCCUUCAACCACCCAGAUGUGGUGUCCGUCAUCCUGGAGCAGAAAGCAAAUGCCCUUCACGCCACCAACAACCUGCAGAUCAUUCCUGACUUUAGUCUGAAGGACUCGAGGGACCAGACAGUCCUGGGCCUGGCGCUGUGGACAGGCAUGCACACCAUCGCCGCUCAACUCCUCGGAUCUGGAGCGUCCAUCAACGACACGAUGUUGGACGGGCAGACGUUGCUGCACAUGGCCAUCGAGAGGCAGGACAGCAAGAGUGCCCUCUUCCUGCUGGAGCAUCAGGCGGAUAUCAACGUCAGGACGCGGGACGGCGAGCCGGCCCUCCAGCUGGCCAUCAAGCACCAGCUGCCGCUUGUGGUCGACGCCAUCUGCACGAGGGGCGCAGACAUGUCGGUGCUGGAUGACCAAGGGAACCCUCCCCUCUGGCUGGCUCUCGAAAGCGGCCUGGAAGAUAUCGCCUCAACGCUGGUGAGGCACGGUUGUGACGCUACCUGCUGGGGUCCCGGGCCGGGCGGCUGCUUGCAGACGCUGCUGCACAGAGCCAUCGACGAGAACAACGAGCAAAUCUCCUGUUUCCUUAUCCGCAGCGGCUGCGAUAUCGACAGCCCGCGGCAGCUGGGCCCCAAUGGUGAAGGGGAAGAGGAGGCCCACGACGGGCAGACCCCGCUGCACUUGGCGGCUUGCUGGGGCCUGGAAGAGACAGUCCAGUGCCUGCUGGAGUUCGGCGCCAACGUAAACGUGCAGGAUUCGGAAGGAAGGACACCCAUCCACGUGGCCAUCAUCAACCAGCACGGCGUCAUCAUUCAGCUGAUGAUCUCAAACCCGGACAUCCAGCUGGGCGUCCGUGACCGGCAAGGCCUGACCCCCUUCGCGUGCGCCAUGACCUACAAAAACAACAAAGCGGCAGAAGCCAUCUUGAAGAGGGAGCCGGGAGCUGCGGAGCAGGUGGACAACAAGGGCCGGAACUUCCUCCACGUGGCCGUCCAGAACUCGGACAUAGAGAGCGUCCUCUUCCUGAUCAGCGUCCAGGCCAACGUGAACUCUCGGCUCCAGGACGCCUCCAAGCUCACCCCCUUGCACCUGGCCGUCCAGGCCGGCUCCGAAAUCAUCGUGCGCAACCUGCUGCUGGCGGAGGCUAAAGUCAACGAACUCAACAAGCACCGCCAGACGGCCCUCCACCUUGCCGCCCAGCAAGACCUCCCCACUAUCUGCUCCGUCCUCUUGGAGAACGAAGUUGACUUCGCGGCUGUGGAUGAAAACGGGAACAAUGCCCUCCACCUGGCUGUGAUGCAGGGGCGCCUGACCAACAUCCGUGUGCUCCUGACAGAAUGCACGGUGGAUGCCGAAGCCUUUAAUGUCAGAGGCCAGUCUCCGAUGCACAUCCUGGGUCAAUACGGGAAAGACAAUGCCGCCGCCAUCUUUGACCUCUUCCUGGAGUGCAUGCCGGAAUACCCUCUCGACAAACCAGAUGCCGAAGGAAACACAGUGCUGCUCCUGGCCUACAUGAAGGGCAACGCCAACUUGUGCCGGGCCAUCGUGCGGGCCGGCGCCCGCCUGGGUGUCAACAACAACCAGGGAGUCAACAUCUUCAACUACCAAGUGGCCACGAAGCAGCUCCUCUUCCGGCUUCUGGAUAUGCUGUCCAAGGAGCCCCCCUGGUGCGACGGCUCCAAUUGCUACGAAUGCACAGCCAAGUUCGGGGUCACGACAAGGAAGCAUCACUGCCGGCACUGCGGCCGUCUGCUCUGCCACAAGUGCUCGAUGAAGGAGAUCCCCAUCAUCAAGUUCGACUUGAACAAGCCCGUUCGGGUCUGCAACAUCUGCUUCGACGUCUUGACUCUGGGGGGCGUCUCCUAGUCCCCCGCGGGAAGAGGAGCCAUUCCCAGGAGGUGCCCCUGCUUCAUUCUUAACGGCUGCUGCGAAGUCGCCGAUGGUGGUGGGGGUCGGGAGCAUCUUAUUGCGUCUUCCCCGUGACGGUAGACUCUGAUGGACUUUUAAGGGUCCACAUCAACACUAUAUUCUGGUCGAAUCCAAUUCCGUACCAUUCCCCAAACCCGUUGGUGGGUGGGCGUUCUCGAAAACGAGAGUGCAAACGCAUCGGGACUUUUAGGCGAAAGAGUUGGGCGCGGCCCUCUCCUUCAAACACAGGGUGUUCAGAAAUGAGAGUUUCAUCCCACCACAGGCCUCUGUCUGUGAUGCAGCAAAACGGGACCACUUGGAAGUCCCAGGACACUUAUUUGGGAUGGUCUUAGCACUUAAAUUUUCCUGGAGAUCUACAAUCUUGUGGUGUUAAACUCCUGCGUGAUCUUCGCGCCGGGUUUCCCCCUUUUCGUUGCAUUGCGGAAGAAUUUUCUCCAUGGCCUUAAGACAAAAGCUUUACCGUUUCUCCCGCAGAAAAGGAGCCAGACGUGUGUGUGUCUUCAUAACUUCUCCCUCCCUCCCUGAAUAUCCCGUUUGCCGCGUCGGAGGGGAGAAGCAGGAAGUGAUCUUGGCUUCCAGAUUUGAUCCCGGCGAGCAGGGUCUUCUUGACAGAGGUUUACGGGGUUGAGGAAUUGUGGUGAGGCGUCUUGAACGCACGGCAGCUUGUUCCGAUGAUACGAGGGUGGCGCACAGAGGAGCCAGUCAUGAAGGAAUCCUUGUUGCGGCUGCCCCCUCCGUAGGGAGCCAGCAAGGCUCUUGCGGAGGUUUUCUUUAGAAUUUCCUGGAGUGGGAGACGUUGGGAAUUUGCCCAACUGAGCACCCACCCCCUCACCAGUAUUAAAUGCCAUAGACAGCCUCCCACAUACCCACAUUUUCCUUCAGCAUGGACGGGGGAGGGGGUCUCCUCCGUGGACACCAGUUCUGCCCCAUACCAAAAUUGGGUCCCUCCAAGCAGAUCCUAAAUCACUGGGCAACUUGCACACAGAAGCACCGAGGGGAUCCAGUCACCCCAGAUUGACACACACACAGAGCUUUUUGUCUUUUUAAAGAAGAAAGCAAAAUUUGGAAGACAGACGAAGCCUUCAUUAUUGUACUAACGGAUUUGCUGGGACACGUUUUUCUCUCGCCUUCAGUAACCACUACCCCUCACCCCCCAAAUGCACCCCUCUCCCGUCUAGAAUACUAAUAUACCCUGUAAUGUUUACCGCCCACGUAUAUAUAUACAUAUGUAAAAAGAGCUGAUACCAGAGUGCUACUUUUUUAUAUCUGUGAUUUAUAGGAUGAUAAUGGCUUUAUAUGUUGAUUGAUAUCUGGGGCAUGUGCAGUUAAAAAAAAUACUUUUUAGGGGGAAACUUUUAAAGGUUGAAGCUAGACCAGUGCAUUUCAAGUCUGCUGUUAAGCCUUCUGAACUUCUGAAAAACAAAACUGGAAAUCUUCCCUCUUUGAUUUCUGUUUAGUGGAGAUAUAUUUUGUGUUUUUCCCAUUCUGGGGAGAAGGUCGAUUUUGUGUGUCUGUCCCUCCUUUUCUCGGUCUUACAAGCAAGAAACGGUGCCAGUCAGAUGCUCAUUGUGGCAGCCCCUAUCUCAUUUCUCUCCCUCUCUCCCUCUCAAAUUCCCGUUGGGAUGCAUUCUGGAGAAGUUGCAGGAAAUGAAAUGUAACAAAAAUCCAGUUCACCCAAGACUUAGCAUUUCACUUUGGGGAUAGCCGUGGCUUGAGAAAUCAAUCUUGGUCGAGCCCAAACCACCAAAUCCGAGCUAUUGAUCCUGACUCACUCUUUGUAACGUGCCUCGAAUCUCUGAGCUCCUGUUGAGAAGAGCUCCCUUUUUGUAAAGACCUUCCUGGCAUCAAGUGAAUUGGAUGAGGUGACAGAUCCCAGCAUCUUUCAGGACCGCGAUACUUGUAUGGUGGUAACUGCCUUAACGCAAGCAGAAAUCCCAGAGCCAAGGCAGCGGGAAGAUGUGCAUUUUUUCCAAAGGAGAUCCGGUCCUCAAGCACGUGCUUCUCUGGGUUCUAGGUGGGUUUUGUGAGAUUGUGCAAAAAUAAUCACUGUAACGGACUUCUAAUAAAAGGCCUGAUCCUA